CACCAACAUUUGAAACAAUCAUGGAGGACUUGGAGGUUUGUGCCGGGGAGACUCCGCGCUUUGCUGUGGUUGUGGAGGGCAAACCCGUUCCUGACAUCCUCUGGCUCAAGAAUGAUAUCCUGCUGUCGGAGAGUUGUCAUUACACAUUUGUGUACGAUGAUAAUGAGUGUUCCCUGGUGGUCCUGAACGCUCGCCCUGAAGACUCCGGGGUUUACACCUGCACCGCCAGGAACUUGGCGGGAUCUGUGUCCUGUAAGGCCGAACUCACAAUACAUGAAGCUACACGUAAACAGGAGCCAAAGGAUGACGAGGAGACGAUUCGAAGGAAAAUGCGCAGACUGACAGAUAACUAUGACAUUCUCAAGGAAAUUGGAAGAGGUGCCUUUUCCUACGUGAAACGCGUGACCCAGAAGGUUGGCAAGAUGGAGUAUGCUGCAAAGUUUAUCUCCACACGGGCCAAGAAGAAGGAGUCUGCUCGGAGAGAGAUGAACCUGCUUUCCAAGCUGGACCACGAGAGAGUCCUUUACUUUCAGGACGCCUUUGAGAACAAGAAUGCAGUCAUUAUCAUCACUGAACUAUGCCAUGAGGAGAUUCUUGACAGAUUCACAAGGAAAUCUAUUGUAAUGGAGUCUGAUGUACGCUCAUGUAUAAGACAAAUGCUCGAGGGCAUGGAUUACCUUCAUCAUCAGAACAUUAUACACCUGGACAUUAAGCCUGAUAACAUCCUCAUGGCAGACUCCCAAAGCGAUCAGAUCCGAAUUUGUGACUUUGGCAACGCACUGCAGGUCACACCCGACGAGGCUCAAUACUGCAAAUAUGGCACGCCAGAAUUUGUUGCGCCAGAAAUUGUCAGUCAGACGCCUGUGUCAAAAGCAACAGACAUCUGGUCAAUUGGAGUAAUUGCAUACCUGUCUCUGACAGGAGUUUCUCCAUUUGCUGGAGAGAAUGAUCGCAGCUCCGUGCUGAACAUCAGGAACUAUAACGUGGCUUUCGAGGAGAGCAUGUUUGCUGACCUUUGCCGAGAGGCUAAAGGCUUCAUCAUAAAGCUGCUGGUAGCAGACAGGCUGAGACCUGAUACUCAAGGAUGUCUCAGACACCCCUGGUUCAAGAUACUUAGCAAGGGGAAGGCCAUAAGUACAGAGGCCCUGAGGAAGUUUGUAUCUCGGAGAAAAUGGCAGCGUUCACUCAUCAGCUAUAAAUCAAAAAUGGUCAUGAGGUCCAUACCUGAGCUGCUGAAUGAUUCCUCCAGCCAUAUCUCCAUUGCAGUCCCCAGGAACCUCAAAGAAACUUCACCUAUGCCAUCUUCAUCUUCAGAUUCUAAUGAAGACGUUGAUAAACUGCCACUUAUUCCAAUGCCUCUUAACAUGGAAUUUUCUGGAUCAAGGAUGUCGCUGAAUGACAUCCAAACAAAUGAGCAAGACACAGGGAAGCAGGAUGGUACGAGUAAGUUGUCUGGGUCUCCUGUUCAAGGCCAGGAAGCAAUGGAGUGUGACACUAAGGAAAUGGAUAAAGAAGGGGUUGAAAUAACAGGUAAAGGUCGCCUGCGUAAAAGGUCACCAAAAGACAAUGAUAAAGGUUCCUCAGAUGAAGAAUCACCCGCUGAAUUGCCUCAAAAGUCACAGGUGACUAGAAAACCCCUACGCAGGGGUUCGAGUAUGGACUCUGACAAACCAGACAAACCAGAAGGUGGACGACGAAGAGGAGAGCUAAGACGUGGAGGCUCUGCCGACAGUGCAUUGCUGCUAAAAAUCACACCUGAGGAAGGAACUGGAGAAGGAAUCCAAGAGGAUGGAAGGAGAGUUCUCAAGAAAGCCGUCUCUAUGGAGCUACCAAGGAGGAGCACCAGUCCAGGAACUGCCAAUAUGAGUCAAGAAGACUACGCUCUUAAACUGGAGAUGAUGAGACAGCGGCUGCUUCGUGGAGGCUCUGUAGACAAAAAUAUGAGUGGACUAAGAGGACCUCUGUUGGAAACAUUAGGAUCUUCAGAUCGCUACUCUCGUACUGCACGUUUGGGCCCACCCCCGCUAAUUAGAGCAUCAUCCAGCGAUUCUGCAAUGGAGGAUGAUCUAAAACCAAAAAUCUUGCGCAAAACUGCUUCUUUCAGUCAGGGUGAUUCAGAACCCAUAGCUCUACACCGCCGGUUGGGAGCUCCCUUGGAGAUUCCUUUGGCACAGGUGGAAGAGAGAAGGCUUAAGGAGGCUAUAUCUAUGUCAUCUCUCACUGAGCAAAUCAAGCUAGACUCCCGUCCAGUGACUCCCAGGGAUCCUUCGCCAAAGCCGCCAACACCAGACUCUGUUGUGCAGGAAAUUCCAAUCAAAGCGGAAAGCGAAGAAUCUUUCAUGGAGAAGGAGAUAAAGCCUGAUGACAACAUGAAUGAAAAGAUGGAAGGGAUGACCACAGAUAGUAAUUUUGAUGAGAGAUCGAGCACUAGUGGUUUCUCAGAGAAGGACAUGAGCAUAUCAGAAGAAACAAUGAUUGAAUCAGAGUACACGGGCCAGAUAAUUGCUACACCACCUGUUGUGGUUCAAAGCUCUACACUAGAAGAGAAAAUGGAAGAAGAAGUAGUGAGAGAAGAUGUGCAAGAAGAAAAAGAAGAGAUGAUGAAAGAAGAAGAAAUAAUUGUCGGCACUGUCAAAGGAAAUGUUGAAGAAAAAAAUAUGCCUGCUCAAUCUUCUGAUAUGAUCAUAACCACAAGCUCAGUUAUAGUGAGACCAACACAGGAAUAUUCCCAUCCAUCGGCAAUGGUUCUGCCUACUUAUGUUAGAUCCUCUGUUCCUGUAGUAACUCUUCCAAAUGGAAGGACUUCAGCAUAUGCAAGCAUUAUGCAGACCAUCAUGGUCCCUGCUGUUCAGCCUUUAAAUGACCAACCUUUAAGCCCCUCUACACCUGUUGUGGUUCCAGCCAUUAUGUCACCCUCAGUAUCAAGUGUGCCCACAUAUUCACCAGCCGGCAUGUCCUCUGCUUUACCUGGUCAACCAAAGCUAGCCAUCAUAUCAACCACAGAGCACCCUGCUGUAUUCUCCAGGGUAGCGUCACCAGAAAUGAUGACAAAAGAACCCACUCCACCAAGGACUACCACACAUUCAUCAUCCCAACAAGAGACCCCAGCAGGAGUUGACUUUAAGGACAUAUCCUCUGAAGAGGUCUUUGAGGCCCGCUUCAAAAAACGCGAGUCUUCCCUGUCAAGAAGUCUAAAGUUUCUGUCACGGUCAAAGCAUGAGGACAAAUCACAAGCGAUGUCAUCGGACUCCGCAGAGUCCGGCGAAGAGAUAUAUAGACCUGGGCCGAUUGGUGCACCUUUGGAAUUAGCACCGAGGAGACUUGAGGAGAAGUGUAAGUCAGUCCAGGACCUUCGUGAAGCUCAAAAGGACCAAGGCUUUAUGAAAAGGCUCUCUAUGCGCCUGAAGAGAGCGCCGUCAGCUGAACGCAAGGAGGAAGCGACCAAAGAAGAAGAUUCUUCAAGACGUAGGCUUUCUUGGACUAUCGGCAGAAGGGGGUCACAGGAAAAGAAGGAAGUGGAGAUGGCGCACAAAGAUAGUGAAGGUAAUGUGUUGUCUGAACAAGAUGAUAAGGAGCUCAAGAAACCUAAUGAAUCACCGGUCCUGGCAAUGCGCAGAAAGAUUGAAUCGACGGUGGCUGGGAUUUCCACAAGAAUUCGAAGCUUCUCAGAGGAAAGGAGAGCAUCAGAGGACAAGGACCCCAAGAGGACGCCCAUUUUUUCCAUGCUUCGUCGUGCAACAUCAGAAAGCCGAGCUCCGAAGGUUGCCAGUGUUCCUCAGAACCAGCUGGCAGCUCAGGCCAGUAAUGGAGCAUCUUCAGAGUCUCUAGACUCUAUGGCCAGCCUGAAGUCAGAAACAAAGGAGGGUGAGCGUAGAUCACGAUGGGAUCGUUGGGGCCUCACCAGAGGAAGGCGUGACAAGACGGUAUCACAGCCCGACAUACCAACAGCAAUUUCCAGAGAAAAUAGUUCCCUACGUUCGCGCCAGUACUCCAAACUGGCUUCCGAUUUCCCUCCAGUAUUCCACAUUAAGCUUAGAGACCAUGUCCUGCUGGAAGGAGAUCCAGUCACACUCAGCUGUCUGCCAGCUGGCAGCCCCCACCCACACAUCCACUGGAUGAAAGAUAAGAAGCCCCUGGAGAUUGACGCCAGGAUGAACCUGAUCGCCUGCCCUGAUGGCCGACAGCUACUGAUGAUCAUGCAGACCACCAAAAAGGAUGCAGGGGUCUAUGAAUGUGUUGCUACGAACCCCCUGGCCGCAGUGUCCAGCUCUUGCACAAUAUCUCUUGCUCGUCUGCCCAACCGUCCUGGGACCCCUGAAAUACCUCAGAAGUACAACAACACAGCUCUGGUACUGUGGAGGCCCUCAGACACAAUGGCCCCCUGCACAUAUUCUCUGGAGAGAAAAGCAGAGAGUGAGAGCAACUGGCUGAUCGUGGCUACAGGGGUGGCAGACUGUUAUUUCAAUGUGUCUGACCUGCCAGCAGGGAGCGCCUUCAGGUUCAGGGUGGCAUGUGUAAACAAAGCUGGGCAGGGCCCUUACAGCAACCUCUCAGAGAUAGUAAGCCUGGAUGCUUCAGAACCAGCUAAGUCCAGUGCUACUGUUGUGGUGAAGACUGUCCCAUCAACGACUCCUCCUGCCCCUGUGGUGAUGAUGUCAUCUAUGAAAGUGCCUCCCAUCAAACCUGCUUCCAAUAAAUCCUCCCCGGUAACACCUGCCCCUCCCUCGGCUUCUGCUCCCGCUCCAUCUGUGGCUCAAUCUGCCUCUACAGUAACCACUGUGAAGGUUGCUGCUGUUACUCCGCCCGUUAGCACAGCUCCGACCACCACAGCUCCGACCACCACAGCUGCUCCAGUCAAAGCCAAGAGCACCCUGACUAUCAGCAUGAGCAAGCCCCAGACCAAACUGGCUCCUCCCCCUGUUGUCCCACCCAAACCUCAAAGUCCUGUGCCCCCCUCAACCAGGAAAACCCCUUCUCCUCUACCACCACCUGCACCUGCCAUAGGGAAACCUAUUUCUUCCAUUCCAAUGUAUGCGCCAGCUGUGACCGCGUGUGUUACUCCACCUUCACAAUCUAGUUCCACCCCGGCAACCAUCACCCUUACUGUUACCCCUGUGAUCGUCUCACCUCAUGUGAUCCUCUCACCUCAUGUGGCCGUCUCACCUCAUGUGACCGUCUCACCUCAUGUGACCGUCUCACCAUCCGUGACCAUCUCCCCGCCCGUAGUGGUGGUGCAGAGCUUGACACCACUAGUGCAGGGAGGGGACAACCGAGGUACCCCAUCAGGACGAGUCACACCAUCAGGACGAGUCACACCAUCAGGACGGGCAACACCUUCGGGCCGCAGGACGCCGUUGGGACGGCCCGGAGAGGGAUCCCUGCGCCAGGGAGUCCCACAGAAGCCUUACACCUUCAUGGAUGAGAAAGCAAGGGGUCGGUUUGGUGUGAUCCGUGAGUGCCGGGAGAACGCCACAGGAAACCUCUUCAUGGCUAAGAUCGUUCCAUAUGAGGCGGACAACAAGCAGACGGUGCUGCAGGAAUACGACAUCCUCAAAUCCCUUCACCACGACAGGAUCAUGGCUCUGCACGAAGCUUACGUCACACCGCGCUACCUGGUGCUCAUCUCCGAGUACUGCAGCGGGAAGGAGCUGCUCUUCAGCCUCAUAGACAGGUUCCGUUACUCGGAGGAUGACGUGGUCACCUACAUCGUACAGAUCCUCCAGGGUCUGGAUUACCUCCACACACGACGCAUCCUCCACCUGGACAUCAAGCCGGAGAACAUCAUCAUCACCUACAUGAAUGUCAUCAAGAUCAUCGACUUCGGCAGCUCUCAGAAUUACAACCCGCUCUUCCUCAAGCAGUUCAGCCCUCCUAUUGGAACACUGGAGUAUAUGUCUCCGGAGAUGUUGAAGGGGGACGUGGUGGGUCCUCCAGCUGACAUCUGGAGCAUGGGCGUGCUGACCUUCAUCAUGUUGAGCGGCAAGUCGCCUUUCAUUGAAAUUGAGCCUCAGGAGACUGAAGCCAGGAUCCAGGCGGCGAAGUUUGACCUGUCUAAACUCUACCAGAAUGUGUCCCAAAGUGCCUCUCUGUUUCUUAAAAAGAUCCUCUGUAGCUACCCCUGGGCCCGUCCCUCCAUUAAGGACUGCUUCAAUAACUCCUGGCUCCAAGACGCGUACCUGAUGCGGCUCCGCAGGCAGACCCUCACCUUCACCACCACCCGCCUCAAGGAAUUCUUGGCCGACCAGCAGCGCAGGCGAGAGCAGGUCGCCACCAAGCACAAAGUCCUCCUGCGGUCCUACCAAAGCUCGCCACAGACCCCAACCAGCCCCGCCACGCCAAAUGUGCCAACCACACCCACCACAACUGUCACCCAGUGAACACAGGCUUCCAACACGGAAUGUCAGGAGGGGGUGGGGGGCAUCCUCAGAGCGACACAAUACUUUGGGCUGCGGGAUGGGAUGGUCCCUUCAGGAUGGAGUCAUUGAACUUGAAAAUAAAACUCAAGAAACCAGCAGUGGCAGCAGAGAUGCCCUUAAGGGAACUCUUAUAAAGUCACAUGAGCCUGACUGUAUUUUUAUAUGGUGGACCUUGUUCACACAAGGCAGGAUGUUGUCUUCAAGUUAGUACCUCAAGGUUUGUAACAUUUUGGAUAAACCCUUUCUUACCGUCAACUCUGCUAGAGGGAAUGCAUAUUGGUACAUAGUGACCCACCAUGGAAGGCCUGAAAGAGUGGUAAUAGAAGUUUGAGGUUUUACUUAAGUUAAGUUUUUCACCACUUUCCAAAAUAAUGAAGCACAAUUUCAAAGCCUGGAGUGCUAAAACAAUUGAUGCCUUGUUUCCCUUUAUCUCUUAGUCUCAUAUUCAAAUGUUUCCCGACCAGGGGUUCAUUCUAUGAUGGCUAAUUCUACGCCCACGAUUAAUCACUAAAGCAGUGUUAUCUGUGCUACAGUACCUACGUUUUUAUACUGCUGUAGCAUCUUGAAUAUUGUAGCAUGUCCGGUUACUUUUUAAAUUCAGAGGACAUAUGAGAAGACUUUUUACAAGGGCUAUUAGAAAAUGACUCUUACUAUCAGCACAAAACACUUCCUCUUAUGUUAUUUAUUCGAUCAUUGAAAAUCUGAUUUUUGUUUUGCAAUUUGUAAUAAGAUUUUGGCAAAUUAGCUUCCAGUUUAGCUAAGUUCUUCCACUUAUCCCAGUUGAAAGAAUCUGCAGUGAUAAGCUAUAUGUAUCCCAUCUCUGAGUUUACUAAUAUGAAGUUUACAAGUUUGCUGAGUCAGUCAGCUAGUGUAUUUGUAGACUGUGCAUACAGCACUUUGUCUGCUAUCCAAGAUCAUUGUCAUUAUGAAUUAUUCAGGGAGGUUAGUUGUAAAGUGAAUCACUUUAGAAGCCCACUGGUGAUACUGGGGUUCCUCCAAGUGCCCUUAACCAGUUAGCAUACAACAUAGCCUCUCCAAUUCAUUGAGAAAGACAGUUUAUAAAGACAUAAGGAAGUGGUUUAGCUAUUUUUCUAGCUGUAAUAUUCAAUUGCUAACAGCUGCCACUUUUAAAAAAAGGUUUGGUUUAAUUGGAUUUUAUAAUGGCCAAAUCUUGUAUAAAUAAAGUUAGGUAAGAUUGAAAAUGGUGAUAAUCCAAUUAAAAAAUAUAAUGUAAUUGUUAUUCCCUAAAUGAAGCGUCAUACACCUUGUUUACGAGGCCAUCCUAUUGACCAAACACAGUGGUCCACACAUAAAUAUCAACACAUGCAGCUCUAGGAAAUAUCAUUAUUAUUUGUAAGAGACACCUACUCUUAUAUGGGAUAUUUUGAGGAAUUUACCUUAAAAUAAAUAUUGUUAAAAAAACGUGUCAUCUUCAAGAGGAUAGAAAUGAGAGGUUUACUUUUUAACAGUUGCAGAAUGGUUAAAUAUUAUAUAUAUAUAUAUAUAUAUAUCUUUGCCCCUUAUAGCAUAAAACUUGACCUCUAAGUUUGAAGAUUAUAAUCAAACGCAUACUGAUAUUGGCUCUUUGGUUGGAUUGAAAGUAGAAUAUGACUCUGCGGCAUAUUGGUGUUUAAUGUCUGUUCCAAAAACAAUUGUGUGAAUGCCUAAUAUCCACUUUUGUUCUGGAAUUCUAUCCUCUGGCGUCGGUACCAGCACGUCUGCUAUAACUUUUUUUUCAUGAAAUCAGUGAUAUUUUCUCUGGUCAUUAAACGGCUAAAUGGUGUUGUUUCUUUCAUGUUGCUUUGCCUUGUGAGGGUAAAAUCAGUUUUAAAACCAGCAUGUGAAACUUUUGCACAAAUGUCUGAUCACUUUGUGUUUAUAUAAGGUACAGAUUUGCACACUAAACAUGACUUAAUUUCCGUGACAUAUGACUAUACAAAAGAAAGUAAAAAGGACUUUCACACUACAUAAAAAUGCUUCAUACAUCCAGCUUAAUCAAGAUAUGUUUGAAUCUGUGCAUUGACUAAAAGAAUGUUUGUAAUUCUAUGAAAUUAUUUUGCUAGUUCUAUAUAUUCUAAAGUAUGGAAGAUGAUUAGUGCCACAUGUGACAUGCCACAUCCUCUUCUGUAUGCUAUUGCAAGAUAAAUACUGCCCUUCUCUGCAACUCUUUUUUCAUUUUCCUAUAUGCAAAGUAAUGUUUUAAAGCUAAAUGAAAACAUGCAUAAUCAGCAUGAGAGUGCAAUUUUGCAUUCAAUUCUCAACGUCAAUAUAACAAAUGUGCAAUGUAUUACGUUAUUUAAUCAUAUACAAAUUGCAACUAUUUGUAAGCAGACAACAGGGUUUCGAUUUUUUUUUUUAAUGCUCCACAUUUUGUUAUACAAUGCCGUAUUUUGUGGAAUGUGUUGCAGUGCCUCCUUAUGGAUAUUAGACCCACAGAGAAAAUAGAUUUGUUACAUGAAUGACAAGUUCUUUAUUUGGAUUAUAUGAAUGUGACUGCUUCGUGUGUGUUUCGCAAUUUGUUCAUUUAUUGAGUGACUGUGUUUGUUAAAGCUGCUGCUUUUUAUUUUGUGAUCCUUCUGAAUCAGGCAUGGAAAAAAGGCAUGACAGCUCUUAUGGCUAUGAACAAUAAAGGAAAUGUGACA